AUGUGCGGACUGACGGCGUUCUUGGCUCUGAAUGGAGUCGCUCAUGAUGAGAACACCACUGUGUCAUCCCAGAGGCUAGCAUCUCAGAUAAACGACAGUCUAGACUUGGUCAAGCAUAGAGGUCCUGAUGCGCGUGGCCAGUGGAUCAGCCCUGACACACGAGUUGGUUUUGGGCAUGUACGCCUUUCGAUCAUAGAUCUUAGCCCAGCCGGAAACCAACCUUUUCAUAAUAAAGAUAAUACUAUUCAAGCCGUCAUUAAUGGAGAGCUUUAUGACCACGAGCGGAUCCGAAGUGAGCUGGCUAACGAAUAUGAAUUUGUUAGCAAGAGUGACUGUGAGAUUGUCAUUGCCCUAUACCACCGUUAUGGACUGUCGUUCGUCUCUCACUUGAGAGGAGAAUUCGCUUUGGUACUUUGGGAUGCGAAACACAACCGGUUUAUAGCCGCGCGAGACAGAUAUGGCAUCAAGUCGCUCUACUAUACCAUUAUCGAUGGAAGGCUUCACGUUGCGACUGAGAUGAAAUCUUUUUUGCCAUUUGGAUGGGCCCCUGAGUGGGAUAUUGCCAAUCUUAGAGGGGUGGGAUGGAUGCAUGGGGCGGAUAUGUACUUCAAGGGAGUGCACCGGAUUGAACCUGGUCAAAUGCUCGUGAGUGACAAAUUCCAGCCAUUCGCGUUGCAGACAUACUGGGAUUUAGAGUAUCCUGACAAGAGGCUUGUCUAUGCAGGCACCGAAGCUGAGGCAAUCGCUCGCGUGCGAGAAUUGCUGCUCGAUUCGGUGCGGCUUCGCCUUCGCGCUGAUGUGGGUGUUGGUGUCUUCCUGAGCGGCGGGCUGGAUUCCUCUGCAGUUGCAGGCAUGAUAGCGCAUUUGAUGAAGCAAGGAACAAGACUUGGAAAUGAAAUGACCGGUGACACCUCAAGGCUAAGCUGCUUCACGGUGCAGUUUGAGAAAGAGUCGGGGAUCGAUGAAUCCGAGAUUGCCCGGCGGACUGCAGAGUGGCUUGGAGUUGAUUUCCACGCAGUGUUGCUGGACGAAGAGACCAUCGCGUCUCGACUGGAGGACACAAUCUGGUACACGGAAACGCCGCUCCCUGACGUGGACGGGAUGGGUCGACUGGCCGUUGCAGAAGCCGCUCACAACGCAGGCAAAAGAGUUGUUCUCACAGGGGAAGGAUCAGACGAGCAUUUUGCAGGAUACAGUGAUCUGAUGUGGAGCUAUUUGAGUGAGCCAGACCACGCAUGGCCCGCAUCUCUAGCCGUCAACGGCAGCCGAGAAGAGAUGGAGGCUACCGUCAAUCGAAGAAUGGCACAAGCGGUAGCAAAGGUGACCGUCAAGUCAGGGAAUGAGCAUAGUCUCAGCCACACCUCUAUAUUCCCAACACUUGCUUGGUUCAAUCAACUACCAUUUCAGUCAUGGACAGAGAAAUACACCCAAGGCGACCCAGAAUUGUCCUUUUUCCGAAGCUUUUGUGAGAAGGUCAUCAACAACAUGGAACAGAAAUGGCACUCGCUAAAUUCCUCUCAAUACCAGUGGACCAAGUCAAUGCUAGCUAACGGCAUUCUCCGUUAUAUUGGUGACAAUAUAGACAUGGUAUUUCAGGUGGAGACGCGGCCACCGUUUCUCGAUCAUCACCUCACAGAAUAUGUGAAUACUAUACCGCCAAGUCUAAAGAUAAGAUAUGACCCAGUGAGAAAGAUCUUUCGUGAAAAACAUGUUCUUCGCGAAGCCAUGAGACCUUUCAUCACCGAAGAGGUUUCGAAUCGCGUGAAGCAACCAUAUCUUGGUCCAACUAAAUACAAGGAGAAUGGUCCAGUGUAUCACACUAUGAAGCGGUUACUUACAGAGACCAAUGUUCAGAACCUGGGCUUUGCUGACUGGGGCAAGGUCCAGUACACCUUCACACGCGCAUUUCAUGAUGAUGACCCAAAUGCUUUUAGAAGUACUCUCUUUGUGGCUCAACUUGUGGUACUAGCCCAAAGAUUUGGAGUGAAGCCGGCACGCGCGAUUUAG